GAUGAUAUUAUUUAUUAAGGAGUUUUAUUCUCAACAAAAGAGCAUGUAGAGAAGACAUUGUCAACAUUCAAUUCAGAAGUUGAUGGGUAGUGUAUCAUCUUAAUAACAUCAAUCUCUCUUUGUUGCUUAAAAACAGAAAGCCAAGAUCCAUUAUUAUAGAAUGUAAAUGGAAUUAAAAUAGAAAUCCUUUUAUAAAGAUUUCGACUAGAGUGAAUGCAUUUGGAGAAAGGAUCAGACUUAAACUAAAAUGGAAACAAUUUUGUCAUACAUUUAAUUUUGAAAUUAUACCUUUUAAUAUCAAAACAGA